CCCCUCGGCUGGGCUUGGCUGGGCUCGGCUCUCCUCUCCCACUGUUACCAGGACGACCGUCUCCCCACAGCCUGGGCUGUCUGGACUGGCGGGCGCCAUGAGCUCCACAGAUGAAGUGUCCGUUUGCGGGGCUGGUUUCGGCCCGGAGGGUGGCAAGCAGGCCGGGGCCCACACCGCCAGCCCCGGAGCCCCACAGGGCCAGGGCCACGGCCACGGCCGAGGCCUCGAUUUGGGGGGGCAGCGCAGUGGUGAGGGCAAGGGGGAGAGCGGGUUCACAGAUCCUGAGGGCUUCAGUUUCGAGUCUGAGAGCGAAUUGAUAGAGCAGGGAAGGGUGGUACUCUGGGGCCAGGAAGGCCGGCCUGGCACCCCGGUCGACGACCAAGGGGACGGUGUGGACUACUCUUUCUACCUGGCUGAUGAGCCAGCCACCAUCAUGCCGCCAUCCAGCGUCCAGGGACAGCCGUCCCCAGAAGGCGCCGCUGCCAAAGGGUCCACUGACAUCUGGGCGGACCUGGAGGUUGGUCCCAGUAGGAGAGGCGCGCUGAACCCCUGCCCUGGAGAAUGGCAGCAGGCCUCCGGUGACCCUCUCCGCCUCAGUGUUCCUGGGCCAGGACCGGCCUGGGAGAACCCAGAAAGGGCCUUGAAGAGCAGAUUGAGCAUCCAAGUGGAUCCCCAGCAGCCCUCUGCGGAAGGCCCCGCUGGGCUGAAUACUGACGACUCUGAUUCCACAGAUGAGAGCAGCGACUUACCGGUGAUUAGGGUGAUCAUUAGCACCAAAGAAGGAAGCCAGGCCAAGCCCGGAAGCCCCAAGAAGCCAGCAGACACUUGCAGACGCCCCAGUUUCCACCGCAGGGAGAGUUACCUUCAGGCUCAGGGACCUCACCUGACCUCUCCUCCCCGCAGACUCACCCCAGUAGUGGAGAGGCCGGCCAUGGGAGAGCUGGAUGCGCCUUCCUUGAAGAAAAUGCAGAGCACGGUGUGGGGAAAGGUGGGGGUCAGGCCCAGCUGCUCAGGAGCUGCCGUUAGAGGGCCCCUACCCCGGGGCCCUCUGGGAAGGAAGGUGACCCAGGAGAAGAAAUCCCUAGAGGGUGCGCCAAAACCGGCCCUGGGGGGAGCCUUUCCUGCCUGGGGGCAGAGACACUCAGCAGUUCCACCUGAUCCGGCCAGCUUCCCGCCAGUCUCUGGUGUGGGGCUCCUGGGGAAGUCGACGAGACCCAAGGAGCCCAAGCACAGCAGCCCUGGGAAGAAACCUGCAGGAAGGAAAGCCAGGGAGUCCCAGGCUGCGGUCAGAGAAGAUAAUGACCAAAAUAGAGAUGAGAUCCCAAGGGCCCAA